CUGACGUGUCGGGGAGGAGCCGGCGCUGAGGUGCGCGGAGUGGAGGUCGGUUCUGCGGAGAGCAGCGGAGCUGAGCUGUUGGGCGGGCCUCUCCAGGCCGGCGGAGCAGAGACGUCGGCCGAACGGCGGCGAACAUGCGCUUUUGACACAUUGGAGACUUUCUUGAUCAUGGAUGGUGAAGACACACCAGAUUUUUCUAGUUUAAAAGAGGAAACUGCUUAUUGGAAGGAACUUUCCUUCAAGUAUAAACAAAGCUUCCAGGAAGCUCGGGAUGAGCUAGUUGAAUUCCAGGAAGGAAGCAGAGAAUUAGAAGCAGAGUUGGAGGCACAGUUAGUACAGGCUGAACAAAGAAAUAGAGACUUGCAAGCUGAUAACCAAAGACUGAAAUAUGAAGUGGAGUCAUUAAAGGAGAAGCUAGAACAUCAGUAUGCACAGAGCUACAAGCAGGUCUCAGUAUUAGAAGAUGAUUUAAGUCAGACUCGGGCCAUUAAGGAGCAGUUGCAUAAGUAUGUGAGAGAGCUGGAGCAAGCCAAUGAUGACCUGGAGCGAGCAAAAAGGGCAACAAUAGUUUCACUGGAAGACUUUGAACAAAGGCUAAAUCAGGCCAUUGAACGAAAUGCAUUUUUAGAAAGUGAACUUGAUGAAAAGGAAUCUUUGUUGGUCUCUGUGCAGAGGUUAAAGGAUGAAGCAAGAGACUUAAGACAAGAACUAGCAGUUCGGGAAAGACAACAGGAAGUAACCAGGAAGUCAGCUCCUAGUUCUCCAACUCUAGACUGUGAAAAGAUGGAUUCUGCUGUCCAAGCAUCACUUUCUUUGCCAGCCACUCCUGUUGGCAAAGGAAUGGAAAAUAGUUUUCCUUCACCAAAAGCUAUACCGAACGGUUUUGGUACCAGUCCACUAACUCCUUCUGCUAGGAUAUCAGCACUAAACAUUGUGGGGGAUCUCUUACGGAAAGUAGGGGCUUUAGAAUUGAAAUUAGCAGCUUGCAGAAAUUUUGCAAAGGACCAAGCAUCACGAAAAUCCUAUAUUUCAGGGAAUGUUAACUGUGGGGUGAUGAAUGGCAAUGGCACAAAGUUCUCUCGAUCGGGGCAUACGUCUUUCUUUGAUAAAGGGCAAGAAAAAGUCAUUUUUCCCACGUUGUUCAUGGGGCAGUAAACGGCUUUGACCCAGCCCCUCCUCCUCCUGGACUGGGCUCCUCGCGCCCAUCGUCGGCCCCGGGUAUGCUGCCUCUCAGUGUGUGAGCGCCCGCCUGCAGGUGGGGGCUCCUGCCCUCCAACAAUCCAGAACACCCACGCCUCACCCCUUGGUGCCUGGGCCCAGCCUGUGCCCCUCCGUCUGCCUCCCUAGGGCUGGCAGAGGGCAGGCUGCAUGCAGUGGCAGCUGCUGGGCAUUGCCCAGCCCCAGGACCUCUGCGCAAUAUCAAUACAGGCUGUUUUCUCUUCUUGCCGUA